GCGGCGUUCGGGCGGAGGCAGAACACGGCGGUUCGUUAGUUGCUGCGGCGAUGAUAGAGGUACAGGUGGAGAACGGCGGCGGGUUUAGGGAAAAGAGGAAGAGAGGGCGCCCGAGAAAACAGCUGGGAGGAGGAAUCCAGCCGGAAUUUAGGGUGGCGGCGGAAGAUUCCGGGGGCCCACAAAAGCGCGGUAGAGGCCGCCCUAAGGGCUCCGGUAAAUGGCAAACCUUGGCCGCCUCUUUAGACAUAAAUGGUGGAAACGGUGGAAGCAAUUUCUCACCUUACGUAAUCGACAUUGAGGCAGGAGAGAACAUUGUUGAAAGGAUUAGGUCAUUUUCGGAGAGGACUUGUGAUUCAAUGUGCAUUAUGUCAGCUUCGGGUACAAUCUCCACUGCCCAAAUCUUUCUGCCCGCUUCCCGAGGCCGCAUUUUAAACUUAAAAUGCCAGGCCAAUUUUAGUAUUAUUCGACUAAACGGAUCGCAUACAUAUGCUGAAAAAGGAGGUGCAAAAAUCUGCCUUUUGAGCGUACACCUGGCGGAUCCCCAUAAUAACUUUUAUGGCGGCGCAGUUGCCAGCUCACUUAUUGCUGCCGGCCCCACUCAGAUUAUAGUUGCUACAUUUAGGCAAAACUUGAGGCAGCAAGCAAGAGUGAGGCCACCAAACAACAACAUUACUACUACUUCAAAUGAGAAUGGGAAUGAGAAUGAGAAUAGUAAUGGUAAUGGCACAAUUGAAGUUGGAGUUGGAGCAGAGAAUGAGGAAGGGGGGGCUAUGGCUAUCAUCAACGUCUCUGCGCCUGACUUGAAAUCUUUUCAACCUCCAUCUGAUGUUUGACCUUUUUUUCUUCUUUUACUACAACAUUAUUCAUUUUUCUGACUCUAAUUGUUGUAUGUUUAUUCCGUGUUUGAAUUUUUGGG